AUCUCCAGAAAAAAAUAAUCAACAAGUUCAUUUUUUAGAUGUUCAACCAAGUAUUUCUCAAACUAAUCUUUUUGAAAUACUAAAUGAUAAAACAAUUGAUAAUACAGAUUUAAAUAUUAAUUUUUCUAUGAACGAGGAUAUCUCUUUGGAACAUAUAUUGAAUUCAUCUUUUACUACUUUAGUAGAAAUAAAUGCUCAAUAUAAGGAAGUGACAGAAAUAAUAAAUGACUCCAAUGGUAUUAAUUCUAACGUUGCAGAAGACAAUAUUCAAAAUAAAACUUUAAAACUUUGUCAAAUAACAACAGUUAAUCAACAAGACAAUAUUUAUGAAGACAGUGAGGAUUACAAUAAUGAUCCAGAUUAUGAUGUUUCCAAUGAUUCAGAUGAUGAAUCAAAUAUUUCUAUUUCUGAAAGCUUUGAUAAAAAUGAAAAGUCUAAUACUACAAAUGAUAGUCUUAAUACCUCGAAAUAUGAAGAAAAAGCAAAUUGUGAUGAUACAAAUCUUAUUGUGCUUAAAUCUCAAGAGAAAGGACAAAAUAAAAAAUAUUUUUGCAAGUAUUGCAAAAAAUUACAAACUAAAUUUGCACGACACUUAGAGACUGUUCAUAAAAAUGAGGAAGAGGUAAAAAAAUUUAUUUUGCUUCCUAAAGAAUCGGAAGUUACAGAGUUGGCAAACUUUAUGGGUCAUGAUAAAAGCAUACACAAAUCGCAUUAUCGACAGUCAAUUCCUGAAUUAGAUAUUCCAAGAUUCUCCCGACUUCUAAAUCUAGCUAUUUUUAAUGAGGAAAAUGACAAUGAAGAUGGAGAAAUUGAGCAAAAUCUUAUUUCUGAGAAUUUAAAUGACUCAUCUGAAUCCUCUCAUUCUGAUGAUAUUGAAAUUAAUAAUAAUAUACCAUCAUCAAAAACACCUAAGAAAAAACGAAGCACAUCACCAUUUGGGCCAACUAAAAGGAAGCGAUGGACGCAAAAAGAAAUUCAAAUAAUAUUAACAGAUUUUUCUCAAGAAAUAGAAAAAUCACGCUUACCAUCUGGAAGAGAUAUUGAGACUUUAAGACAAAAACAUUCAUGUCUACAAAAACGCACAGUGCCGCAGAUAAAGACAUGGCUUCAUAAUAUUAUAAGUGGUAAAACAAAAAUUCCAAAGAUUUAAUUAAUUUUCAUAAUAUAUUAUCCU